AUGGAAGAUUCUCAGAGUGAGCAACAGCGGAUAAUACGACGCCACCACCACGAGAAGAACGAGCUUCAGGCCCGCAUCCAGGCCAUGAAGAACUCGGUGCCCAAGAGCGACAAGAAGAGAAGAAAGCAGUUGCUCCUAGACGUGGCCCGCCUCAAGGCCGAGUUGGAGCAGAAGCACCAGCAGGAGCUGGAGAAGUUCCAAGAGAGUUUCCCUGAUGACAGCAACCUCGACUCCAUCACGGAAGAUCUCGCCAAGAUGAAUCUUGAGAACCAGCCUCCCUGCCAGUCUAGGGCACAGAGAAGGCGCGAAAAAAGGGCGGCCCUCGAGAGAGAGCGCCAGGAGAGGAUCGCCGAGGCCGAGAUGGAGCACCUGGCCAGCUUCCGCCGCGAGGAGGAGGAGAAGCUCGCCGCCAUCCUAGGGUCCAAGAAUCUGGAGCUGAAGGAUAUCCCGGCCGACGGCCACUGCAUGUAUCGCGCCAUCCAAGACCAGCUGGUGUUCUCCGUGACGGUGGAGAGCCUGCGGAGCCGCACCGCUGAUUACAUGCGCAAGCACGUGGACGACUUCCUGCCCUUCUUCACUGACCCCGACAGCAGCGACUCCUACAGCCGCGAAGAGUUCCUGAGCUACUGCGACGAGAUCGUGCGCAGCCCGUCGUGGGGAGGCCAGCUCGAGCUGAGGGCCCUGUCGCAUGUCCUGCAGACCCCCAUCGAGGUGAUCCAGGCCGAUUCGCCUGCCAUCGUCAUUGGGGGGGAGUACACCAGGAAGCCGCUCACUCUCGUCUACCUGCACUACGCCUGCAACCUCGGCGAGCACUACAACUCGGUGAGGCCCCUGGAGGCCAGCGCCGUCGGGGGCGCGGCCCCGCGGCUCUUCUAG